GCCUCGUGCCGGCUGUGGGCAGGCUUUAACAACAAUGCCGCAGUGAAAUAAAUGUAUUCUUUUGGGCCUUUUCUGGAAUUAGUUGGGAGAAAGGCCUGGAAAUGAAGACGUCGAGUAAUGGCCGCGAAACACUUUGUGCCAUCUUGUGCCACUCUGUCACGUGAAUCACAACGGAAGACAUUUGGAGUGCUCAAGACCAGGUGGAGGCUAGGUGGCCGACUGGUUUGAGCGUCUGCCUCACAUUUCUGAGGACUGGAACUCCUCACCAGGAAGAAGUCCAGGAGGCAACCUCAUGUGGUUCCUCUCGGUGCAGAGGGUCAGUGGUUUACUCCUCGGUCCUCCUGGAUGAUUGAGCUUCUCACCCUAGCUCUAAGGAAGAGUCUGGACCCCGAAAACCCAUUUUUAGACACUUCUAUCCGUGAUCUUGUUCUUUCAGUCAUGACCCACAACUCAUGACCAUAGGUGAAGAUAGGAAUAUAGAUCCACUGGUAAAUCAAGACCUACUUCACCAUGGCGUGUCACUGCAGGUGCUGUAGCAAUCUGUAUCUUGAUCUGCCAAUCCAUUCUUCCCUCACUGCAUUUUCCCCAAGAAAACUGGAACUACCCCACUUGGGUCAUGAUCGCAUCUGGAGAAAUCUUUUCAUCCUUUUACAACUACGGCCUCAGAUUUUGAGAUGCCGAUCGCCAUCACUACCGCUUCACACUCAUCUCCAAACCUCUCUUGUAAGAUUUAAAAAUCAUGGCUUGAUGAAGCCAACAGAACCACUUGGAAAAAAUUGAAACGAGCAGAAGGCCACCAAAUUGGACCCCAUCAAGAUCUCGGCUGUGCCUUCCUUCUUUGUCGGUAUAGGUUAUGAACAAAAACUGUGAUGAGCAGCCUUGGCGAAGUCCAACAGUAUUGGGGCUGACAGAUCAUAUCACCGGUCCGGUACCCCACACUACUAGGAUACCCCUCUCAAGGGGGUACACUCUAAUGGAUUCAGUCCCUCGCAUCUUCCAGGACCCUGCCAAGGCUGUAGAGCUUGUCGACUGUUCCACGGAUAGGCAUCAAAACCACUCAGCUCCACAUGAAUCUGAGAUUCGACUUCCUAACCCACCCUUCCUUCCUGAACACUUGAAUAGACGAUGCUGCAAACGGUGAUUUCCAUUAUUUGGGGAAAACCCCCAGCGAUCAGGAGUGCAAGUAAAUAACUAAAAUUUGACAUCUGAAACAAGAAAUCAUCUUGUCCUUUCCUAUUUUUUUCUGUACCGAAAAUAAAAGACAUGAUUUAGGUUGAAGAGCUGUUACUGAAUAUACCCGUGCAUUACGCUUUGGGGGACUGUCAAACAUGAUUUGGCUUUUUUAGGAACCCCUGUCCUGCGAACAUCUCCAGUUGGUUGACCAUUUAAUCAUUUGUUAUUCUCUACUAUUGCUAUUCUACUGGCUUAGCGUGUCUUGCUGUGGCACACUCCAGAUUGUGAUCUUGUUAUGCAACUGGAUGGCACAGCGAGUGGAGGUCAGGAUCACAGUUGAAGCUCAGUGCCACACAACUGCGGUCAAUUCAACUGGAUUGGCUGACACGUUGGCUUAUCAGCUGUCAUGGGAGCCGUCCAACGCAAGGGGCGGGAGGGGAAGUAAACAGAAGGCAGGCUUAUAAAAGUAGGAGAAGGUCCCUCUGGUUCUUACAGCAUCUUGUGGGGUUCACUGGUUGUUGUGAAUCCACGACAAUGAAUCACGCCGCUGUGUGCCUUGUGGCACUGGCGCUGUUCGGCAGCCUCUGCUCCGGUCAGAUGCAGCACGAUCAGCAGCAGGCCAAGCAUUUGUUUGAGAAGCCGCUCACCUGGACGUACCCUGAAGGGCCUACGGUUCAAGUGGAGCCCAUCCCUGAUUUUGAGCUGAGGCACCCGAUCCCGGCAGCAACAGUCUCGGUGCAGUGCGGGGAGAGGCAAGCACGCGUGGAGGCCCGGAUGGACUUUUUUGGAAUAGGCCAGUUCAUCAAGUCCUCGGAUCUCACCCUGGGUCCCUGUAACGCAGUGGGCGAGGACCCUCAAACCCAUGUGCUGAUAUUCGAGACCGAGCUGCAAGAAUGCGGCAGCGUGUUACGGACGACAGAUGACGCGCUCAUCUACACCUUCACUCUCAACUAUAACCCCACAACGCUGGGCGGCUCCCCCGUUGUGAGGACCAACGAAGCUGCUGUUUACGUGGAAUGUCACUACCCCAGGCACCACAACGUGAGCAGCCUCCCUCUCGACCCAAAAUGGAUCCCGUUCUCUGCGGUCAGGGUUGCCGAGGAGUUUUUGUACUUCACGCUGAGCCUGAGGACAGACGACUGGAUGUACGAGAGGCCCCGUUACCAGUACUACCUGGGAGACAUGAUUCGUAUCGAGGCCUCUGUCAUGCAGUACCACCACGUACCCCUGCGUGUUUUUGUGGAAUCCUGCACGGCGACUCUCUCGCCCGAUAUGAACUCCAGCCCCAGAUAUACCUUCCUUGAUAAUGGGUGUUUAAUCGACGCGGUUGUCACAGGCGCAGACUCCAGGUUCAUGCAACGCACAGCAGAAAACAUGCUCCAGUUCCAGUUUGAGGCCUUCCGGUUCCAGGGGGUUGCCAGCGGAAUGCUGUACAUCACGUGCCACUUGAGAGCAACGUCGACAGGCCACGACAUUGACGUUGACCACAGGGCCUGCUCCUUCAUCAACGGCUGGAGGGAGGCUAGCGGUGUGGAUUCUGCGUGCGGAACCUGUGGUGCGGGUGGAUACCAACAAAUCACCGGAGGUGGAGUCACCGGUGGUGGCAAUGUGAACACUGGUGGUGGCACUCAAACAGGUGGCGUUAACUGGUACACUGGUGGAGGUGGAGGUGGAGAGAAGCAAACUGUUUCCUGGACCUCCGGAGGAUCUGGCACCACAGGUACUUCCUGGACUGGUAGUGGUAGCUCUGGAAGUGGUACAGGAACCAAUAAUUGGCAUAGCACUGGCGGAGGCGGCUCUCAAACCGGUGGUGGACAGACAGGCAAAAAAACCGUUACCUGGACCACCACUGGCUCCGGUACAGGUGGCACAGGAACCACUACCUGGCAGACCAGUGGUGGCUCUCAAGUAGGUGAUGGCCAGACAGCCAAAAAAACCACUUCAUGGACCUCCAGUGGCUCUGGAGGAAGUGGUAGUGGCGGCAGUGGCUCUGGAACCUAUGGAAGCGGCACAGGAUCCACCACCUGGCAAAGCAGUGGCGGAGGUGGUUCUCAAACAGGUGGCGGUGGCCAGACUGGCAAAAAAACGGUGACCUGGUCCACCACGGGCUCCGGAGGAAGCGGCACAGGAACUACUACCUGGCAAAGCAGCGGUGGAGGUGGUUCUCAAACAGAUGGCGGUGGCCAGACUGGCAAAAAAACGGUGACCUGGUCCACCACUGGCUCCGGAGGAAGCGGCACAGGAACUACUACCUGGCAAAGCAGCGGUGGAGGUGGUUCUCAAACAGAUGGCGGUGGCCAGACUGGCAAAAAAACGGUGACCUGGUCCACCACGGGCUCCGGAGGAAGCGGCACAGGAACUACUACCUGGCAAAGCAGUGGCGGAGGUGGUUCUCAAUCAGGUGGCGGUGGCCAGACUGGCAAAAAAACUGUUACCUGGACCACCGUUGGCUCCGGAGGAAGUGGAACAGGAACUACGUGGCAGAGCAGUGGUGGAAGUGGCUCUCAAACAGGUGGCGGCGGCCAGACAGGCACACAAACCUGGACCACCACUGGAACUGGAGGAGGUGGCACAGGAACCACUACCUGGCAAACCGGUGGCGGAGGUGGGACUGGCCAGACAGGCAAAAAGACCGUUACCUGGACCACCACCACUGACUCUGGAGGAAGUGGCACAGGAACUACGUGGCAGAGCAGUAGUGGAACCACCCAAACUGGCAAACAAACCGUUUCCUGGACCGCCACUGGCACCGGAGGAACUGGCCCAGGGACCACUACCUGGAACACCGUAGGGGGAGACGGCUCUCAAACAGGUGGAAGUGGCAGCUCAGGCGGUUCCUGGAGCGGUGGAAGGAAAGGCCGUUCAGUGAAAGAAGCUCAAGUUUAUGAAUGGAGAGGCGAUGUCACACUGGGUCCCUUCGAAAUUGCAGAAAAACUCACUUAAAGUCAACAUCCGACCAUGGCGAUCGAAAUAAACAUUCUGAUUGGAUCAUGGCUGACUGGAUGUUAUUCCCUGCAUAGCAACUCUUCUUCAUAAUGCCGCCAUUAAAAAAAAAAAAAAAAA